AUGACGGAUUUAGGUGGAAUACCUACAUUUGAUUGCCACGGGGAUCAAACUACAGUCGGUGUGCGAUGGACAAAAUGGCGGCGCGCAUUCGAACUUUUCAUAGCAGGAAAAGGCGUGAAGGAUGCUGCACAGAAGAAAGCAUUACUGUUACAUUGUGGUGGGAUGGAGAUGCAGGACAUUUUCUUUACGUUUACACUGGAAGAUCCAGGGGAAAAUCAGACUGUGUACGAUGUCGCGAUGAAGAAAUUAGACGCCCAUUUCAAACCACAGGUAAAUGAUGCAUAUGAGAGACAUUUAUUUCGCGCUAUGAAACAGUCCCAAAAUGAAACAAUAGAUCAAUUUGUUACAAGACUGAGACAAAAAGCUGAAUUUUGUGGAUAUGGCACGAAAACGGAUGAGAGUAUCAGAGACCAAGUCAUUGAAAAAUGUAGCUCCUCUGUUCUGAGACGUAAACUUUUAGAAAGGGGUGAGGAUCUCACACUCGAAAAAUUACAAGCAAUCGCUAGAGCUCUUGAAGCAAGUGAAACACAGGCGUUUACCAUGGAAAACAUAAAAUCUGAAGUGAAUCACGUGCAAGUUAAGGGGUCACGUUCAUGUAAAGCGUCAGUAACAAAGAAACCAAGUUCAGAUAAACGAUGCUAUAGAUGCGAUCGAGAAGGACAUAACCAAUCAAGUGACAGAUGUCCAGCAAAAGGGAAAGAGUGUCACAAGUGUGGACGUACAGGUCAUUUUGCCAAAUGUUGUAAGUCUGGAACUGUGAAUAAACCAACUAAGGGGCGCAGUAGGGACCACAAUCAAAGGAAUUCACACGUUAGAUUUGUAGACACUGCUGGGAACCAGGAAGAUGACCAUGAUGAUGAAUACGCAUUUUCGGUGACAGAAUUUUCAAAGCAGCCAAGUAUCACUGUACAGCUGGGAGGAGUGAGUGCAGAAAUGAUUAUAGACUCAGGCGCAAGCUGUAACGUUAUAGACAAGUCUACAUGGGAAAUCCUGAAAAACAAAAGAAUCCAGUGUCAAUCACAGCGAUCAAGUAAGAGAUUAUUUUCCUAUGGGAGUCAAACACCGAUGAAUGUCAUUGGAACUUUUCUUGCAACUAUCUCUGUGGGGUCUAAGUCCGAAGCGGAGUUCAUUGUCGUUGAAGAGAAACUAGGACCAGAUGUUCAAGUGAAUACAGUGAGUGACAGUAUAUUUACAGAGUACAGCGAUGUAUUUCAGGGAUUAGGAAAAUUGAAAGAUUUCCAAUUAGAAAUACCGAUUGACAAAGAAGUCACACCAGUAGCACAACCUUUGAGGAGAGCACCUUUCAAUCUGAGGAGUCUCAUAGAGAAGAAACUGGAUGAAUUGGAGAACCUGGAUGUGAUCGAGAAAGCAAGCGGACCUACUCCAUGGAUAUCACCUGUAGUCGUGGUACCUAAGAAGAAUGACAUCAGACUUUGCAUUGAUAUGAGGCAAGCCAAUUCUGCGAUCAUUCGUGAGAGACACCCGAUUCCUACAGUCGAUGAGGUUCUUCAUGUUUUGAAUCAGAGUACCAUUUUCUCGAAACUGGACAUAAAAUGGGCGUUCCAUCAAGUAGAGCUCUGUAAAGAAUCGAGACCAAUCACAACUUUUGUAACACAUAAAGGAUUGUAUCGAUAUAAGAGACUCAUGUUUGGAAUAAGUUGUGCUCCUGAAAUGUACCAAAGAGUGAUACAACAAGCUCUCGAAUAA